AUGCAGGCCUCUACGGAGGCAGAGCGUAUGCCUCCUACUGCCAUUGCGCUCGUUGUCCAAAUUCAAGAUCAGCUCCAGUCUCUAAAAGAUUUGGUUAGGCGGGGGCAUGUGGGUGAGGAGCUCCAUGCAUUGUCAGCGCCGUGCGCUUCCCAUUUGGGCUUGUAUCCUACAGAAAUAAAUGUGACACCAUCGGACCAGUUUUCUCAAGAGACAUAUAUUGAUGCGCUAGAGACAAUCAACAAGGCAGCAUCGAGUCUCCGUCAGUCGCUAGAACGACCUGAUGCACAGGUCAUGGAGAGCCAGAUGAAAGAGGUAUCAGCGCAAGCUACAGAACUGGCGCGUGCGUCGAGAGAUGUUCAUACCAUGACGAUCUGUGCAGGCAAUCUUCCAACCUCACUUCCAUCUGCUUUGUGGGUCGGUGCUGUAGCGCAAGAUCAGACGCCUCCCGAAAACUACGACGAUGCCGUCCAAGUACUCGAAGCGCUUUGUCAGGCAUUGACACCGGUGUGCACGGAGCUACGGUUAGAAUGCUUCCAUGAGCGAAUAAAUGCAGAGAGGCAAGAUCCUAUGGGAAAAACGUAUACAUUUACUAGCGGUGGAAGAAUCAUUGUGCUGGACUUUGAGUUUGGGCUGAAAAAGGAUGAGAGUAUGUCAUGGAGGCCGACCGUGUCGUUGCAAGUUUCCUACGCGUCUGCGGAUGGAGCGCGUAUACCAGAGGACAAACGUCUAGCAGAGCUAAUAGCAUCAUACUUACAGCAGCUUCUGUACUUGAUCUUUGGACAUGAGGCUGAUCAUGAUGUAUUACGACGCUGUGCUUCAGAAUCCUCGAUGACGACGUACGCCCAAGCAGGGCAGCUAUGGCGCGCAUUUCUACGGAGCCUGACGGCCCUAGCCAGUAUUGACCGCCUGGAAGUGACAGGGUCCGAUGGCCAUGUCAUUGACGCAUUCCUGUUGCUAGAACAAUUUGGCCAAACAGCUGAAGAGGUAUGUACAUUGGAAGCACAGACACUGUGCUCCAAGUAUGGCCUUUCUUCUUCUAGCCCUCAUCAUCCGGAGGUACAACGAUACCUACUGCAGGAGGGACUUGGCGUCGCACGGCAUCACGAUGCCCUUCCGUUCCUUACACUUUCAUUUACCCCUAACCACCGUGCUAUGAUCCAAGUCGCACCAUGUUCUGUUCCUCUGGCAUCGCCGGCGGAAACGUCCUGGAUACCCACAUCAAAGAUUGAGCUACCUAUGUAUGCCCGUCAGCCAUUGUCAGCGUUUGGCCAGCGAAAUGGUCUCACACGGCCAUUGGCAUACGUUGCAGAAGUGGAGCCACCUAUCAUGGUACCUCAUCGCAUUGCUAGGGAUGUAUAUUGUGCUUGUGGCUUGGCCCAGCACCACUUGCCUUUGUCCUCCAAACCUUCCCCCAGCACAUCCGGUUAUCUCACUCACAUUUUAGGCUCCUCCAGUCACUAUUGUGCAUCGAUACAAGAUGAGGAGGCACGAAUAAUUUCGUCCUUGCCCUUCCAAAGCUUGGUGCAGCUGUAUCAUGCGUUGAACAUCCUGCGUGAGCAAGUCGUUUGGAAUGAUCUGUUAAGGCGCGCGGCCAAGUCCAACACUGAGGGCCCCACUGUGACACUGAAGCUAGAAGGAGCAGAAGAGCAUGGCACGUCGCGCCUACGUCUCAAUAUGCCGACAGCACACAAGGGAGUGGUAGUAAAUGCCAUUCUCAGUCGCAAGACAUCAGAGGCCCACCACAACAAGUGGAGCUUGGAAGCGCAGGCGAUAAGCCUUGCUGGCCAACCUGCCCGCGUAUGGGGCGCCCCCUCAGCACAGGCCAAUGUGCCUGGACUGCAGGACGAUGGACUGUCACUGACAGACCUGGUAGAUACGCUAUAUGUCUGGGCUCGCUCGUAG